AUGGAAAUUGCGUUAGAUUGUUCUGAAAUUUUUAAGAAUCUCCUAGGUUCAACCCGGUUUUCUACUUACGAUUCAUUUAUCAAAUCUAUUGAGGAUUUCCAAAAAGCAACUCAUACCUAUUAUAAAUCGACAAGCUCAACAUAUUUUCCACCGGAUACUGUAGAGCGUAGUUUAAUUUCCUUUAAGUACAUUCGUUAUGUAUGUGAACAGCAGAAGAAAUCCGGAUACGACUUUGAAGGAAAUUCGGGCUGCCCAGCCUACUUCACUGUAGGCUCUCGCAAUUCCAAACUCAGUGUUGUCAAGUACUAUAUGGUUCACAAUCAUGAGGGGUAUCAAGAAACUGAUCCAUCAAACGUGCUACCCGAAUCCUAUACAGUAGAGGAUGAUGAACCAUGCCCUGGAGAUGUUGACUGUACACCAACUUUUUUAGCGUUAUUUAAAGAUUCACUCUUUGAUACUUAUGCAAAAUUGCAAGCCAGAAUGGAUGAGUUUCAGCAACUUACUGGGUCUCUUUACCGCAAACGUAAUACAAAGAGAUUUCCUGAAAGUUCAACAUUUGCAUCUACUCUUGUUUACAAGUCAUUUGCUUAUGAAUGCUAUCAUUAUGGAACGCACACUUCAGACAGCGUACCUCUUAGAGCUCGAAGAUCUGCAAAGAUUGGUUGCCGAUCGCGUAUCACUAUCAGUUGCUUUCAAAACAAACUCCGGGUUGUUCAAUUUAAUUUAAAACACAACCAUGAUGUUGAUCCUGAGCAUGCAAAAACCUACCCCAGAAAUCGUCGACUUACCCCCGUCCAAUUGUCGGUUGUUGAGAAAAUGAUUCGAAGUAGUUGUGACGUUCAUACGAUCAGGGACUUUAUUGCACGUAAGUGGACAAUCAUUUAA